GCGCGCCGCUCAGAAUGAGCCCUGCACGCGCUCCCAGUCAACCGGAGUCGGAAAAAUGGUGGCCAGCGUUCGAGUGCAGAAGCUGCUCCGACGAUAUAAACUAGCGAUUGCCGCCGCAUUAACUAUCCUCCUGAUUCAAGGGCUUGUGGUAUGGAGUCUGAGAAGUCUGGAAGAAGGCGAGGCAGAGAGAAAACUAAGACAGUCUAAGCUGCCUGACCACGACAACCAGGACCCCAAGAAAGACAACGCACAGAAUUCAUUGUCGGGGAGAAACAAAGGAAGCAAUGGUGCCAGUGCACUGAGAAGAGGGAGCAGCCGCCGUGGAGGGAAGCCCAACAUCAGGCUGAAGACCCCCCAGGAACGGGGAAUGACAGGGGUUGGAGUAGAUGGUGUAGUCCCCCACGAUCUCUCCAGCAGCCGUAACCUCAGCGAGAUCCGCAGCGGCCCAGACGGGGCAGGCAAGUUACCUGCUGCUGCCAUACCAGGAGAGCCAGGCAGUGUGGAUGGGGCGCACCAAGCCCCCAACAGUGACUUUGUGCCUAAAUGUGAUAUCAUAGGAAAGGAUGCGCUGUCUGCUCUGCACCGCGCGGCGUCACAGCAGUGCAGACAGGAGAUUGCCAACAUCGUGUGCCAGCAUCAGGCCGGUCAGCUCAUGCCAGAGUCACUCCCUCAGUUCUGCCCUCAGCUUGGUAUGUCACAUCCACUUCAGGCUGUUGGUGAGCUGGAAGACAGCCUAUCCGAGGUGGAGAACCCUGUCAGGGUGGCUUUCGUUCUGAUGGUCCAUGGCCGUGCCGUACGGCAGCUCAAACGUCUCAUCAAAGCCAUUUAUCACCGUGACCACUAUUACUACAUCCAUGUGGAUAAGCGGUCUGGCUACAUGCAUCGGGAAGUCCUGCAGAUAGCCCAGCAGUACCCAAAUGUGAGAGCCACGCCGUGGCGCAUGGUCACCAUCUGGGGAGGAGCCAGCCUUCUCAAAGCCUACCUACACAGCAUGCAGGAUCUGCUCUCCAUGCUGGACUGGAAGUGGGAUUUUUUCAUCAAUCUCAGUGCCACAGACUUUCCAACUAGGACCAAUGAUGAACUGGUGGCUUUCCUGUCGCUGCACAGAGAUAAGAACUUUCUCAAGUCCCAUGGGAGAGAGAAUGCCCGGUUUAUUAAGAAGCAGGGCCUUGACCGUCUCUUCCACGAGUGUGACAACCACAUGUGGCGUCUAGGCGAACGCAACAUCCCCGAAGGCCUGGAGGUCUCAGGCGGCUCCGAUUGGUUUGCACUCACCCACCGUUUUGUGGAGUACGUCAUCAACUCCCAGGACGAGCUUGUGUCGGGGCUGAAGCAGUUCUAUUCGUACGCUCUGCUUCCUGCUGAGUCUUUCUUCCACACAGUGCUCGGGAACAGCCUCAUGUGUGACACCCUGGUGGACAAUAACCUGCGCGUCACCAACUGGAACCGUAAGCUGGGCUGUAAAUGUCAGUACAAGCACAUUGUUGACUGGUGUGGCUGCUCUCCCAACGAUUUUAAACCACAAGACCUCAUUCGAAUCCAGCAACUGACCCGUCCAACAUUCUUUGCCCGCAAGUUUGAGUCCUCAGUGAACCAGGAGGCCAUAGACAUCCUGGACACUCACCUGUAUGGCCAGUAUGCUCCAGGAACUGUUGCUAUCAAGGCAUAUUGGGAGAGCUUGUUUGAGCAGCUGGACGGCGUGGGCUCUCUCAGUGACGUGGCUCUCACAGCAUACUUGUCAUUCUUUCGCCUGGGCCUGAAGAGUUUGGUGACUGCUCAGAGCAACGUGGAGGCCUGCAGGUUUGAACCAGUAGGCUUCCCUCUAUCUGUGCAUGUAUACUUUUAUGAUGACCGUUUCCAAGGGUACCUGGUUCGCCAAGAAGUCCAGGCAGUGGAGUCAAAGGCCAGGGAGACUUUGGAGAUGUGGGCAGUGCCUCAGGCUACACUCGUCCUUGAGAAGAACCUUAAAGAAUUUGAAAGGCUCAAGAAUCUGGAAAUCGGUACAGAGUGGGAUCCCAAAGAAAGGAUCUUCCGUAACUUCGGUGGGGUGAUCGGCCCUUUGGAUGAACCUCUGGCAGUCCAGAAGUGGGCACGUGGUCCGAAUCUCACCGCCACUAUUGUGUGGGUCGACCCGGCUCUGGUGGUGGCGGCAUCUUAUGACAUUACAGUGGAUUUGGAUGCAGAGUACACACACUACAAACCGCCACUGCAGCACCCCCUGCGGCCGGGCACCUGGACGGUACGGGUGUUAAAACAAUGGGAGCGCGUGGCAGAAGUUCACUUUCUUGUCAUGCCAUUAACUUUUAAUAACAAGGAGCCGCUACGCAAAGAAGAGGACAGCUGGCUUCAUGCAGGACCUCCAGGGAACUUGUACCUGGAGCAGAGCUUCCAGCAGCUGAGCUCAGUGCUUAAGCUGCCUCCCCAAGAACCUGCAAUGCAGGUGGCCCAGCGUAAUUCCCAGUUGGUGGGCCAGGCCCUUGAUGCAUGGGUGGACACUUCUGUUGAGUCCUUCUGGGUUAUCGGCGACUUGUGUGCAACACAGACUUCCUCAUGCCCAGCUUUGGGAUCUUGUUCAAAGACUGCCUGGAGCUCCUUGUCCCCAGACCCUAAAUCUGAAAUGGGCCCAGUGAAAAGCGAUGGGCGGAUCAGGUAGCCCUCAGAGAAGAGAGACUGCAGACUUGCACACACAGGAAGACUCCAAGAAAAUCGGAGACUGCUAGGAGACCUGUGUGAACCAGGACGUCUCCGAAGUCGGCUAAGAGCUCAAGGGCACAUAAGCAACGAUAAGGAAUCUUCCUCCACCGAGGAGCCGCGUCUUUCUCAGCGACGCAGUAAUACAGGCUUGAAAGACAAGAGCAUGACUGCUGGAAAUUUGCACAUAGGAAACUGCAAGCGCACAGACUUGUAGCACCGCUUACUGAAUGGGUACACGAAUGCCGGGUGUAACGUGUUGUUUAAGCUGUCGCACAGGUUUGCAGUCAUGAUCCGUCUGUGCUGGAGUUUCUUAAAGAAGUGUUCAGGCGCACAGUUUUCCUGCACUUCGGAAGAAUCAACAGGCUCCGUGCCGUGCUCCGUCUUCUUUUCGAGGGAGAAUCAAACCUGUGAAUCAUGUUAUUGUGCUUAUUUUGAAGCAUUAUUAUGUAAGCAUUAAGGAACAGAUAGAUGAAGUGCACUUUACUGUAAGACUUUGGUUUUACACAGAGGUCACUAGGUUACAAUGUGAAGAUUAGAAGGUAACGGUUAAGGUCAUUUCUUUCUUUCUUUUUUACAAUAGGAACAAACUUGCGCUGCCACUUCCUGUUGCACAGACACAUCAUAAAAUACUUGGACUGUAACACAGAGAAGGAAGAGUAGUAAAGAGAGUGGGGUUCUUGUGUAUCCUUAGGAGUCUUAUGCUUUUUUUAAAUAUUAUUUGUGUCAUUUUUUCACAUUUUGUUUGUUAAUUCGCAGAACUAGCUGCUAAAUGGAGUUAAAUUUUGUGUUGUUGCAAAAAAAAAGGCUAUGAGCUAAACGUCUGGUCUAAGGAAGUGCCUAGACCGCUGGUGCAGAUAGCGAGGAUGGAUUCACAGUUUCUCUGAGGUCAUCUUUGUAAAACGUCAUUAACUGAAAAGGAGGGAUGUGCAGUGUGCAUGAACGCUCCAGAACAACAGACGGUGGGCCUUAAGUCGAGACUUUUAGUUCCGCUGUUUGACCUGUCAGGAUUUCUUAUCUACUGUGCUAAAGCGACUCUACCGAGCUGAAGGAAAUGUGGGUAAAAAUAACGUUUAUUCAGAUUACUCUCGGCCCACUGGGAAGAUUGAAACCACUCUGUUUAUGUUAGCUCAGCAUGUAGGCUGGAAAUAGGAAGAAGCAGGCAAAAGCCAAGACACUCUACGUCUGAAACGCAGCUGUUUCAUAUAUAUAUAUAUAUAUAUAUAUAUAUAUAUAUAUUUUUUUUUUAAACAACAAUGUCAGUGGAAGAGAAUUCAUACUGUUUUACCUGUCGGGACCUGUAAGGCCCUCGUGUCUGUACCCUGGCUACUCCGUGCCAGGUGUCAACCAAGGUAUAGGACAUAUAACCCCACCAUAACACUAACGACUGUCACUUGUUGUCAGUCCUCUUUCUGCAGAAUAAGCAAGCUUACACAGUUCUCCAAAAUCUCAAAGUUCUCUUAAAUGCAAGGUUUUUAGAUCACACACCUCCCGUGUAUCUGUUUGUAUGCAGUAUUGUCACGACACGUUCACAUUUAAUUUGUUACGGUGAAUUUAAUUUCAACUUUUUGAAUUUUGUAUGUUUUCUUUUUUUUUGUUUUUGUUUUUGUUUUGUUUUUCUUUACUCUUUUUGAGUCCACUGACCCAGAGUGGUCACGAGUGUAUCGUCCAUUUGUUUCAGUGUGAUCGAGACUAAGAUGCCUUUAUGUCACAAAGCUGAAUUGUUUACUACGGGAUAAAAGCUUCCACAGAUGUGCAAUCAAUGCCUUUUCAGAUGAUAGUGAAACCUAUGUCUGUGCUUUGGUUUGUUUGAUUUUUUUUUACUCCAACAUUACGUGUUUGUUAAGUAAUAGUUGGCCACCGUGUGAGUUUUAAGUGACCUUGUUUACCUCGAUCAGUACAGUUGCUUCAGUGAAGCCCCAGUUUUAUUGGGAUAAGGGAGCAGAUGAAUGGGUGUGACAGAUGUUAUUUUUCUAUCCUGUUUGGGAGGAAUUAUGUUUGUUGUCUGUUUAUCUCUCAGCACUCUAAACCAUGAGAGCUGCUCUCCAAUCGUGUUACAUUUGAUGGUCCAGCUGUUCAGCGUCAUUUGAUACAGACCUUUAUUGUUUUUGGUGGGUGGGAAGUUGAGGUCUCCCUCCGUGCCGCUGUGAUAAGCAGCAGCCCGGCUGGUGAGUCAUCCAGAGCUCUUAUCUGAGUGGGGAACUUCAGCCUCUCACUGAAUGCCUCUGGAAAAAGCUCAUAGGACAGAUCUGACUGAUGACUCAAUAAAAACGAAAAAACAUUAA